GUCUGAGGUUUCAUAAAACUCUACUUUUUCUUCUUCUUUUAGUAUGUACCUAUCUUCCAUUCUCUUCUCUGAUAAGCGCCAUUUUGUGCUCGGCACCGACUUUCGGAGCAAGGAAAAUUGAGUUUUAUUUUGUCUUUUCUAGCCCCUCAUCCCCUAAAUCUGCCACUCUUUGCCUUGCUUGUGCCGUUUGCCGUUUGGGGGGCGACGCCAUCAUUGCCCAUGGCGUUUCUUGGUAUGCAUCCGUGCAUGUUUUAAGAGGAGGGGGAGACUAAAUUGGUGCUACCCUUCAAACUAGGGAUUUAUUGCCCCAGACAACAUCACAACAGUCAAUGUCUUUCCAGAUCUAGAAACAUACGCACAUUGAAUGUAUUGAAUACGAAGUAGCCUACCAUAGCAUACCUAUGGUUGGUAACUUUAUUUCUCUAUAUUAAGGUUUGAUGAUGAUGCUAGUUCAUGCAUCAAAAUUGCUCCUUUGGUCUGUUUACUCCUUUUUCCUUUUCCAACGAGAAGCUUCCUCUGGUUUCUCUCACUUAUUCGCUCUCUCAAUUUACAGAGUAUGUAUACCAUCCGGAACAAGAUUGGGCCCGUUAUUAGAAGAAACAUGUAAACAACCCUCAACAUACAUGCAUACAUGCUCAACGCUAUGAAACGCCACUAAACAGCACAAAGACCAGGAUGAGAACAUGAUAUGCAGCACCAUCUCAGCUUCUGCAGUUCUCACACACUGAAUCAAUCGUGGCAACCUUGAAGGCUGAGCUGGCUUACUGCUGUAGUCUCUUCUGGAUGUCAUCUUCACAUCCUCGAGCUCAUCCAUCAACGUCAGCUUAUUGCCCCCUCACGCAUUGUGCAUGCGCGUGCAUACAAACACUUACGCGUCGUCCUAAAGUGCCUCCUCAGAGUGCCUCACUAGGACUUUUGGGUGGCCUUGUACGGAUAAACUGGAUUGGAUUGGAUCCAAUGCUUCCCAACAAAACAUCUUCCUUCUCCCUCGCCGCUAUUGGUGGAUGUCGGCUUCUAAUUCGGGGAGGUGUCUAGACAGUGCAACUCUACGAAACGCAGUGAUGCUUAGACGAAUACUGCUGUAGCUGUCUCUGGCAGCUCCUUUUUCUUCUCUUGACUUCAUCCUCACAUGCAGGGCCAGAUCAGCAUCACCGAUCAGCGGCUGCAUCAGUGCAUGCAUCAUCUCGUAUCCAGAGUAACGUGUUGUCGAGGCUUGAAAUCAGGCGAGUACGGCAUAGCACUUACUUAACCUCGCAUCACAUCAUGCCAACACCACAUAUGGAUCUCCAUUCCCCUAACAAAUCACGGUAUACCUACAUACUGAGUAGUAGAGAGGAUGAUCAAGUCUUCCUCUUCAAGCGAGUAGUGAUGUAUGAUAAUGACUGAGUACCUACUUACACAUAUAGCACACUCCGGUCAACCAUCAUUCGCACCAGAGUCAAUUCUCCCUUUCCUCAGAACCUCGAUCGAUAUCAAAUACUCGCUCACUUCUCGAUCUGUGACACAAUUCCCAUGUCGGCGUCCUAGCGUAGCCUUGUGGAGUUGAACAAAAAGCUUGGCUCAACAUAGAAAUCCUGCUAAGUUUCCUUGUGUGUUUGGCAAUUGCUUAUAUUAUACAGCGGGACUCAUUUGUCGUUCUCUUAAAAAAUCAUGCAAACAAAGGUCUUGUCAAAAAUUCCAUCAUGUAGUUAGUCACUGGGAUGGAAAUGUCUCUGCUCAGGACAGUAAAUGCAGGUCUAAAUACAUUAACAAGCAAACAAUGGUUACAUGCCUCAGAAAAGACAUCGCCUCAUGAGUCGUCAUCCCAUCGAGGCCGAUUCAUGAUAAUGGGUCUCGCAGGAUCCCACGGUCCUCGUAUCUCAUUCUUGUACUUCUGAAGCCCUAUCAGCCACCAGCUGCAGCCUCCUGUAGCCAGUAUGGCAAUGAGCAUUCCGACAAUCAUGCCCACUAGUCCACUCUUCCAUGGCCAUCCGACUGUGUUCUUAUCGUAUCCCAGGAUUAGGCCCACUCCGAAGCUUGCACCUAGGACCAGCAGAAUGGCAGAGAGGAUAUGGAAGCGCCAGCUUCGAUGUCGUACAUAACGCCGAAACACUGGAAACAACCCAAACACCUCAAUGCUGAAGAGUGUCAGACUGAAGACCUGCUUGGUCGAUGGUAGUCGGCUGGCGAGUACAGUCGAUGCCAUCAAAGCAGCAUUUGUGGAUAGCGAUGCUGGAAACUUGGCACCUACACCUCCAGAGUAGUCAAAAAAGAAGAUGUUGAUCGCGAGAAGCCAGAAGGACAUGGCCCAGAUGCUAUCGCUUGAUGUUGAUCGGGUCAGAGACUUGAGAAUAGGACUCAGUCCAAGGAGCGUGCAAUAGAUAAGAAUCGCAGACUUGACUGUCUCCAUCCUCUGUCGAUAUCGAUUUUCUUCUGCCAGGAGGGGUGGCGGUAGUUCAGGGAGAUGUUCCUGACUCGCUCGUGGAGUGUGUGCGAUGCCACUGGCCAGGGAGGUCGUCGAAGCAGACUGAGCUCGAUGUAUCGUACUGGGCGCAUGCAGAUUGGCUGUUGAACUCGCAGCCGAACCGACAGCAGAGGGUGCGGCGGUAGACGGCGCCGACUCGACCCGGAGCGGAGGUGGACGCCGGAUACUGCCCGUGCGGGUUGGUCGCCUUAGACUUCCAGUCCGACCGGCCCUUCCCAUCACAUUCGCUGCCACGCCAAGACUCGGGUCAUCCGUUUCUUCGAUUUCUGAUAGCCAGCGUUCCCAGAGGAUCCAUCCUACAAACGUAGCGAAGCUGCUCCAACUUGUGACAGCAACAGGAGACACGCGAUCCUGAAAUAUGCCAACAAAACAAACAACAAAGAUUAUGACUGAACAGACGUGCUGAAGGAUGACCGUAGAGUCAGCAACGAGUGGCCAGAAGUCAUAUGGCUUGAGACGAGGGUUGCGCUGGAGAUUCUCGAGGAAGGUGGCUUGAUCUGUGUAGUUAUCGGGGUCUGCAAGCUCGAUUGUUAGCUGCCAUUGUCCAAUACGGGGAUUUUCUGAGGCGUACACGAUUGCUUAACCCACAUCAGCUUCUUCCAUGGGCGUUUACGUCUUCGGCUCCGGCCUCGUGGCCCUCGAGGAGGCGACACAAAGGCAUCGUCAGGGGAAAGAUGAGAACGACCAAAGCCAUGGAGGGCCGAGUGGUCUAACGAGGGGAACGGCGUCUCGUCGUCGGUAGGGGGUGGCAUGCUAUCGAGAAGGCAUUGGAGUCUGGGUCCGGGUCCGGGUCCGGGAUCGGGAUGGGGGGGUUGACUUGGACCUGGACUUUUUGUUGGUGAAGUUGGAACCGGAGCUGAAGUUGGAGGCUGGUGUUGAUGCCAAUUGACACCUGUAAUGAGUGGGUCGCCCAGGGUUAGUGGGCUUGGAGAUCGUGCCGUAGCGUCAGUGUCUCCCGUCAUGGAAAUGGAUGGGAUGGAUCUACAAAGUUAGGCUAUAGACAAGUGCGUGCGCGAGCCCGUACGCAGUUGUGCUAGCUGUGUGAGCUUUGCUGUAAUUUGCUGUUUGGAGUACUGUACUGUGUGUAUGUACAGUAGGUGGCUAGUAAAACAUCCCAUGCUUUGAUAAGUUGAGAUGUGACGAACUUGCGGGCUUAUCGUCAUCUCUAGCUCCCACCGGAGGAUGUUGAUCCUGCAGCAGUACGAUAUUCGUAUACGUGAGGUACUAAGUACCUCCCCAGGUAUUGUCUCUGUAAUUUUGUACCUCGACUUUUGAGGUACCUGCUUCUCACUUCUAUCAGGCAGGAGGAUAACAGGAAGGAUGGAGUUGUCUUGUUAUGGUGGGGUCGGUGAUACACUUGCAGCUUCCCACUCGUCUGUAAGCUUGGAACUGCACAACUGACGGUGCAGUCACCACCACCUGGGCUCAGUAGCAGAAGUCUUCUCUCUCAUCUCCUCCCCUGUCGUCUCACAAAGUUGAAAUACAACCGCAACAAGCACGAUAGAAGAUGUACCGAUACACGAGCCGAGAGUCGAAAAGAAGCUUUGAUCAACCAUCCCUUGGGCCAUUUCACUACCCUACACAAGCAGAGUCAACUCAACCGCCCGACGACUCCUCAUCACUCGCAUGAUUUCACAAGCAGCACCUUGCAUUGCAGGAGGAGAGAGCACCACCGGAGAGAAAACUCAGGUCUGGCGGCUACAGUGCGAUCUUCUUGAUGGCAUUGGAUACCGAAAGUGACAACCCGGAGUGUACGCAGAUACGCAUGUACACCGAUGUUUCAAGCACAGCCAUCAGCCAUUCCAAUAUUGAGCACAUCACCGCUCUUCCUUUGAUCCACCACCCACCACCCACCAUCCCAUCCAGCUCGACCAGCCAGUCUGCCUUGGCAUAUUCAGUAACUUCUAACCGAGAAACUGGGUUGAUAUGCUAGACAUGGUUCGUGGAUAAGCAGCAUACAAUGAACCGUGCAGAAUGCAGGCCCUCCUCUCCCUGUCACACUUAUAAAACCACAUAAUUAUCUCCACUCUUCGAUAGCGACCACUUCGCGUCUGCCAGCCAAUGGAUUAGGUUAGCUCUCCCGAUCCUGAGAGAUCGAUUUGGAGAAAAACGUGGUCUCGGGACCCAGAACCAGCCACGCACCCGUACCUGCUGAUGUGUUGUUAUCGGAGAAAUUGGAUCUUGUUGACGGCAAAAUGGAAAUAUGAAAUUGGAACCCGUGCUAUUGACCGGCAUCCAUUCGCUCAGCCUUCACUCAUCACCGUCGCCAUCUGCAGUCAUCAAGGAUGCCCACUGCUUGUUGCCCCAAGUCAGAUCUCACUGCCAAUCAUAACCAGACUUGGUAAAGGCGUUCAUUCUUGGACUGUCCCAGAACCAGUUCACCGGCACCAAUCGCGUACUAUCCCGCCUCAAGUUAACAGACUCCACACGGGGUUACCCGACAUCCCUUGCAGGUUCCCGUCCAAGCCCUUCCGCCUCACUUCAAGCACAUUUUGUUAAGCCAACCAUACCGCUGGGUCCAUACCAAACUCUCAGUUUUCCUCUACAGUACUCCGUACGGAGUGUAGGAUCGGAAGAUGACUCGGGUUAUCCACCGCAACAAAGAGGACACAUCUUCAGAUUUCCAAUAGGAGAAGAAGAUUGAAGAUUGAAAACAAGCCUAGAAUGGAUAACCCAAUUACCUCGCUCCUUUGGUGUGUUGAGCUGAGCUGAAAGUGUCUGUUCGCGCGCUGACCCACGUUCUCGGACAACUGUCACCUACAAAUACUAGCCUCGUGAUAGACAAUCGACAUUCCCGGCAUCAUAAGCGGUCACCUCCAGCCUCCAGAUGACUGUAUGUAACUGGGGAGAUUGUACUCCGGGCUGAGGAAGUCCUGAUUCUGAUUGAUCUCUCCGGCCCUAGCAUCGCGUCGUAUCGGUCUUGCUCACUGGCAGGCUUUUGCGUUGUAUGCAGCCACGACUGGGAUAGUCUGCCACCGUCCAACUCACAUCAGGCCAUUAUCCAAGACAUAAUUCACUAACGCUAUAGACACACGAACUGAUCGGACGUCUCAAAUGCUGAGCGUUGUCUUUUUUGCUGUUUCGACUGCGUAUGCACACGACGAGAUAUCCUGCCAAACAUUUGAUCGAAAAAAACAGGACAGGACAAUAAAUCAUGUUUGAAGCAAGAUGAGGAGCUAAAAAGAGCGGCGAGGGGAAACGACGGGCGGCGUUGUGAGGCUUUUGCCAGAUUUGCUUUUUGCAAGACAAGUGAGAGUCAAGAGGUAAACAAGAAGCGCGAAAUGUUCGAUCAAGUGUGAUCGUCUACUUAACAUCUUGCACCAUCUGCGGCUCCCCCGGUCUCAUCACCACUUUGUUCCUUGGAAAGCUGCCUCAUUGGUAGACUGACCGAGACAUCAGAAUCCGCCAUGCAGCAUGCCGCCAUCGAGCCGCUGAGGGCGGUGUCGGUGAACCAUCCCGGUUUUAGUAGACUGUGACACAGUAUGUACAGCACAUAGUCUAUCUACUAUCUACCCUACUACCACCUCCUGUACAUACCUUACAUGCAUGCGUGCAUGCAUGUAUGCACCGCGUCCGACGAUGGCUUCACGAGGAUCAUUAUUUUCCCCGCCCCGGACGUGCCGCAAACGGUCAUGGUCCCCCCCCUACUUGUAGGUAUGACACCGUUUCCGUCUGUCCUCGUGAGAACCCCUGCUCUGGGGUUCGACACUAUAUACCCGACGUGAGAUUAAAACCGCCGCUGAUACCUCUUUGUUGGCGGCCAAAACUUUGAUGUCUUCUGCUGGUCUUUAUUCUCUGGAGUUCAUAUACUCCACCCUCUAUUUACUAUGAUGGACAUGUCUUCUUCGUCUCAUGACCUCGAAACCAUGUCGUCUUUGUCCCUCUCAACCUCAGCUACGACCGACUUCAAUUCUUUACCAACAGAACUUCGUCUCAAGAUAUGGUCACGGGCCAGUGAGCCCCGUAUCGUUUUGUACGGUGAUCUGGUUCAAAAGAGCCGGUCUUAUCCCUUGCCCACCGUUACACAACUCACUGCGGAAGCGCGAGAUGAAACUCGCGUCGGGUACGAACCAAUUGGUAAUGGAUCAUUCUUCGACUUCUCCAGGGACAUCCUCCUCUGUGACCACAGGAUCACCGAUCAGGUGACCGACCAGUACCUGGAUGGUCUUGCCCCGCGGAUACGGCGUCUUGUCUUCUGGGACUGCUUCCCUGAUGAUGGACGGGUGGAGGGACCCUAUCACUAUUCUGUCUAUCUAUCGGCGUGUUACCGGCAGCCAGAUUUUGGGAAAAUCGAAUUCGACAGGUUUUGGUUCCCUAAUGUGGAUGACAUGUGGAUUGUCAAAGUCGGGGAAAUCGACCCAGCGUGGAUGGUCCAGGUGGACCCAGAAUUGCCAUACAGAGAGCGGCUUCAACAGUUGGCGAAGCAGUUCAGAUACUGGGUGGACGAGAACAUCAUUGAGAUGGCACCCCUGGACCUGAACGAGCCAGAACCACAAGCUGUCUUGAAAGACGGCCGUUGCGGAAAAGAAGACUGCCAUGAGCUCAACAGGCACCGCAGUAUCAUGCUGUCCAAGGUUGCCUUCCUCGAAGGUAGAUACAGGACCCCUGAUGACGGACAGAAAUGGAUCCGAAUCAUUUCAUGGCAAGCUGGCGAAGAGAAAGUCGUUUACGAAAACAGGAUGAGAUGGGUGGUUGUCGAAAGAAUUCUGACGUUUGACUUGCAACGGGAUGGAUGGAGCGAAUCUGGAGUGGAAGUGAGACGACGUAGCAUUCAAGGUAAUUGAACUGGAUGGGAGACACCUUUGACAGGCUCAAGGCUUUGCUACUGCACGAUAAGAACAGUACCAAGGCCCUGGAUAACUAAUAUGUGCAUGAAGUUCAACAACGGCACCACUACAGGGAAGAACAAAUUGACAAUUGACACUCCCUGAGGGUAAAUGAAGAACAGGCAUGGAGAGGGGCUCAGGAUAUGAAGAAAAGUCAUUGGACUAUUAUGUCCAGCCAGAAAUGACGGGCACAACGAUAGGAACAAGCUGUGGUUUAGGCGCUAUCAUUUUACGCAACUCAAUGAUGAAACAAGUAACGGUAUCUAAUUAUUUAAGUAUUCAUUCAAAACAUACUGAGGUAUGUUGUUUCUGUUAGUUGUAUAUUGCAUUUAUUCAUUUGGGGUUCCAAACAAACAGAAUGAUUAAAGAAAUGGCAAAACUGAAAGACUACCUAUUUCCUCAAUCCUCAGGUGAACCUGCAUAUGAU